GGUUCCAACAUGGGAACACCAUCAAAGUUGGGGCAAUGGCCCCUUCUUGUUUAUGCUUUUGCCUUUUGCUUGAUAGCUAUUAGUGUAGUAGCUGAUUAUAAGCCUCAUAUUGAUGAUUCACCAUCUUUAUCAUACCGUUAUAGGCCACGGUCGCCUCCACCACCUCCUCCGCGACGUCGUUACUAUUAUAAAUCGCCCCCGCCUCCUCCUCCACGACGUCGCUACUAUUAUAGAUCGCCUCCACCGCCUCCUCCACGACGUCGUUACUAUUAUAAAUCGCCCCCGCCUCCUCCUCCACGACGUCGUUACUAUUAUAGAUCACCUCCACCGCCUCCUCCGCGAUACCGUCAUUAUUAUAAAUCACCUCCACCUCCAUCACUAUCACCACCGUCCCCGCGACGUCGUCACUAUUAUAAAUCACCUCCACCUCCAUCACCAUCACCACUUCCUCCACAUUAUUACAAAUCUCCACUACCGCCUUCUCCACCUCCCCCACCAAAUUAUUACCAUCAUCCACCACCACCUCCAACAUAUAAUUAUGAAUCCCCACCACCACCACCACCGUCUCCAUCUCCACCGCCACCUUAUUACAAUAAUCCUCCACCACCACUUACUCCAUCUCCAUCGCCACCUUAUUACCAUAAUCCACCACCACCAAUCCAUUCUCCUCCACCACCACUUCCAUCUUCAUCGCCGUCACCCCCAUUGAUUACACCUGUCAAUGAACCAUCUCCAUCUCCAUUUCCAUUGCCAUCACCACCACCAUCUCCAUUUCCAUCACCACCAUUGAUUGCACCUAUUGAUGGACCAUCUCCAUUGCCAUCACCACCACUGAUUGAACCUACCGAUGGACCAUCUCCAUCUCCAUCACCAUUGCCAUCACCACCAUUGAUUGAACCUACUGAUGGACCAUCUCCAUUGCCAUCACCACCAUUGAUUGAACCUACCGAUGAACCAUCUCCAUCUCCAUCUCCAUUGUCAUCACCACCAUUUAUUGAACCUACCGAUGGACCAUCUCCAUCUCCAUCUCCAUUGCCAUCAGCACUAUUGAUUUCACCUACCAAUGGACCAUCUCCAUUGCCAUCACCACCAUUGAUUGAACCUACCGAUGGACCAUCUCCAUCUCCAUUGCCAUCACCACCAUUGAUUGAACCUACCGCUGGACCAUCUCCAUCGCCAUCACCACCAUUGAUUGAACCUACGGAUGGACCAUCUCCAUCUUCAUUGCCAUCACCACCAUUGAUUGAACCUACUGCUGUACCAUCUCCAUCGCCAUCACCACCAUCGAUUGAACCUACCGAAGGACCAUCUCCAUUGCCAUCUCCACCAUUGAUUGAACCUACUGAUGGACCAUCUCCAUCUUCAUCUCCAUUGCCAUAUCCACCAUUGAUUGCACCUACGGAUGGACCAUCUCCAUCUCUGUUUCCGUCACCAACAUUGAUUGAACCUACCGAUGGACCAUCUUCAUUCCCAUUGCCAUCACCACCAUUGAUUGAACCUACUGAUGGACCAUCUCCAUUGCCAUCACCACCAUUGAUUGAACCUACCGAUGCACCAUCUCCAUUUUCAUCACCGCCAUUGAUUGCACCUACCGAUGGGCCAUCUCCAUCUCCAUUGCCAUCACCACCAUUAAUUGUACCUAUCGAUGGACCAUCUCCAUCUCCAUUGCCAUCACCACCAUUGAUCGAACCUACCGUUGGACCAUCUCCAUCUCUUUUGCCAUUACCACCACUGAUAGCACCUACUGAUAGACCAUCUCCAUUGUCAUCACCACCAUUGAUUGAGCCUACUGAUGGACCAUCUUCGUUGCCAUCACCACCAUUAAUUGCACCUACUGAUGAACCUUCUCCGUCUCCAUCUCCAUUGCCAUCAUUAAUUGCACCUACCGAUGGACCAUCUCCAUCUCCAUUGCCUUCACCUAUCGAUGGACCAUCUCCACAUCCACCACCUCUAAUAAACUCCCCCCCUCCUCUAUCACCAUCUCCACCUCCACCACCACCACCUCCAGUCAAUUUCCCGCCUCCUCCACCACCUUCUCCAUCUCCACCUCCUCCACCACCUCCCCUAUCGCCAUCUCCACCUCCACCUUCACCAUCUCCACCACCUCCUCCUUCUACAUCUCCACCUCCACCACUUUCUCCAUCUCCACCACCUCCAAUUAAUUCUCCACCUCCUCCAUCACCAUCUCCACCUCCACCACCUCUACCUCCGCUUUGCAAUAAUGUAUCUCCUCCCCCACCAUCUUUAUUCCCUUUCCCAAUACCAUUUCCCUUGUUGCGAACUCCACCUCCACCACCUAAUUGUACUCCUCCACCACCUUUAAUAAACUCACCCUCUCCUCCAUCACCAUCUCUCCCUCCACCACCUUCUCCAUCUCCACCACCUCCAGUUAAGUCUCCACCUCCUCCAUCACCAUCUCCACCUCCACCACCUCCACCUCCACCUUGCAAUAAUAAAUCUCCUCCCCCACCAUCUUUAUUCCCUUUUCCAAUACCAUUUCCCUGGUUGCGAACUCCACCUCCGCCACCUAAUUGUACUCCUCCAUCUCCACCACCUCCAGUUAAGUCCCCUCCUCCUCCUCCAUUUCAAAUAAUUCUUCCUCCAUUUCCACGACUACCUCUACCCCCGAUUCCUCCAUUGCCACGACUACCUCCAUUCCCAAGACUACCUACAUUCCCAAUUUUUCCACUUCCUUUUGGUCGGCUACCCUAGUACUACAACCCACCUCCACUACCAUUGAAAUCUCAUGUUUAUCAGUACACAUCAUCUCCGCCUCCUUCACUACUAAAACACGUUUGACUUUACAAUAAUUGCAUGAUAUUGCAUCUUAUCUCAUUUGAACUGUGUAAUCAAUUGGUGUUUCUCUUUUGAGGGAUUGGCUUAUUGAUACUGUAAUGCUUUUUCAUACGAAUUUAGUGUAUAUUCUAAAUAAAAAGGAUUCGAAUGAAAUUCGGCU